GCGGGGCCGCACCAGCCGCCUCUCCCCGCCCAGCCCGCAGCAAAACAGGAAGAAGUAGGUUAUGGGAGGCCGGUAGGUAGACGAGCAGCAGCCAGAGCAUAGCCGGUCCCCGGAUGUAUGAGUCCUCCUAACCAUGUCGGAGGACGCGUCAAGCAGCACAAACUCUCUCUAUGGGCCGCUGGACACCAGUCAUUCAGAUGAAAAGGAAAGUCUCCUAGGAGAGCACCAAAUAAACAAUGACUAUGCUCGUAAGCCGGUGGACCACUAUAAUGGGACGUACAUGAUAUUUUUUAUACUGGGAGUAGGUUCCUCACUCCCCUGGAAUUUUAUUUGUACAGCAAAACACUAUUGGAUCUACAAGCUCAGGAACUGUUCAGAUCUCCCGAUCAUAGAGGCACCUCAUGUUUCGGAAUUGGGCGACUACUUUGAAAGUUACUUUUCCAUUGCCUCAUCGGUGCCAUCAGUGCCAUGCCUUAUUCUGAAUUUCUACCUUGUAAACAGGAUUUCGGCUCAGGCCAGAGUACUGUCAUCAUUAGUCGUCAUGCUGCUCAUCUUUAUAUUCAUCACAGUGCUGGUGAAAGUAGACACCUCCUUCUGGACUCGGGAAUUCUUUGCUCUGACUUUGAUAUGUGUAGCCAUUCUCAGCGGAGCAUCAAACAUCCUGACAGCCAGCGUAUUUGGUGUAACUGGCCGCUUCCCGAUUAAGCACUCCCAGUCCUUAAUAUCAGGUCAGGCGAUGGGAGGAACAAUCAGUGCUUUGGCUGCCAUUCUGGACCUGUCCUUGGCAUCCAAUGUUACAGAUAGUGCUCUUGCUUAUUUCCUUACUGCUGAUUUCUUCCUUCUUGUAUGCAUUGUUGUGUAUCUGAUCCUUCCUAGGAUACAGUAUUCCAGCUAUUAUUUGAAUAGAAAUGAAGAGGGACCAGACCUUUCUGAAGCUGAAGAUGCCGAGGAGACCGUCAUCGCUUUGUCAAAGACAAACUCUCCUCCAAUAUUUCCUAUUCUGAAGAAAGUCAAAGUGCUGGCCGUCUGCUUGUUUUACACAUUUUUUAUUAGUAUCAUCAUUUUCCCGACCAUCUCUGCUGGCAUUGAGUCUGUGGAGAAGCAUUCAGGAAGUGUAUGGACCAAUAAGUAUUUCACUCCCUUGACAUGUUUCCUGGUAUAUAACUUUGCUGACUGGAGUGGACGGCAGAUCACCACAUGGAUACAGAGCCCAGGGCCCGACAGCAAGAUCCUUCCAACGCUGGUUUUCCUCCGAACCUUUUUUAUCCCUCUCUUUAUGUUCUGUAAUUACCAGCCCAGAAAACAUAUAUACCAAGUAUUCUUCCAGAGUGAUGUCUAUCCAGUCAUUUUUAUCACUCUGCUGGGAUUUAGCAAUGGUUACUUGGGGACACUCUCCAUGGUGUACGGUCCUAAAGUGGUCCCCAAGGAAUUAAGCGAGGGCACUGCAAUUGUAAUGUCUUUCUUCCUAGGAUUGGGGUUAGCAAUAGGAUCUGCUUUCUCCUCGCUCGUUCACUUAAUUUGAUGUUUAAUGAACAAGAAUUUAAUUACGUUAUUAGAGACUCUUUUUAUCUAGAGAUUUUGAAAUGGGUCCAAAGGUUUUAAUCAAUGGGGUGAGUGCUGAGACCUCCACCAGUCAAAACCUUUGAUAUGUCACUGUGACAUAUCUAAAAUUGUCUCAAAGUUCCUUGACACGUUAAGGGCAGCAUAAUAUGGAGCUAGGUCCAUUCUCUUAGACCAAAUGGCUCAAAAAUAGUAUAAUUUGGCUUCAAGGAACUAACACAGAAUACAGUGGACUCAUAGUUAUAGACAGUUGACUGUAUUCAUUAGGGGAGCUCUUUCCUCCACCUAUCCCUGCCUCCUCUUGUUCCUGUCUCUAGGGAUUAAUGGGCUGCUAUGUAUUAAUGUACAGUAUAGAAGGCAGCCAGUCUGGGGUAUGCGGCGGUUAGCUCUCCUCCUCUCCUAAGUAGGAGUCCACUGUAUUGUUUGAUAGCUGCUAUAAGACAUUGUUUUUGUGUGCCGUUUGGCCUAAUAGGAAGUUGAACUUGUCCCCAUACUAGUCUACCUUUUAAAUAGGGUACUAUAAUCUCAUGAAAAAUCUACUUUAAACUUAGCUUUUGCGAGGUACUAUUGUAUUUCUUUCACAGCUAUACUUCUGAAAUGUAUAUAAUUUUUAUUUAAAAAGUUUGUCUUAGACUUUAACAAAUUGUAAAGGGUUGUGCCAAGAUUUGAAGUUAUCCACCUAUCCACAGGAUAGGGGGUAACUAACUGUUAAGUGGGGGCCUGACAGCUGGUACCUCCACUGACCCUGAGAAUAGGGGCCCCACUCCAUCAUGCUGAUGGUCAAGCAUACAUCCUGAUGCUCCAGUCAUUCUCUGUGGGACUGCUGGAAAUGGCUGAGUGCUGUACUUGUUGUCUCCGGCAGUAUACCAUAGAGAAUGAAUGGAGCUGCAGCAUGCAUGCUCAUCCUGCUGAUGCUCUGAUGGUCUCUGCUGAUCUUUGUUUAUUUUCUUAUAUCGAUAAUGUGCCGUACACCCACAUGACUACUGCAGCCAAUCUCUGGACCCAUUGGUGAUGCUAGCACCUACAACACCCGUCCAGCGGUCAUGUUGAUAUAUGGCCGCCAUUGCUGUAGGAAUAUAAACAUAAACCAUCAGGGGCCAAAAGAGCUUUAGCAAUGGAGCAGCAGGGGAUUAGAGAUAAGUAUUUUCUUUACUACUACUGUUGGUUGUUUGAUGCUGGCCAGUCAAUAUAUUCUUGAUUUAUUGAUUUUACUCAGUAAUACUAGAAGAUGUGGUGUUUUUCUUAAACCUGUUGGAAACAGGUCUUUGAAUUCGAGUUACAGUGAAGUUACUAUAUAUUUGAAACUUAUAAAAGCAUUUUAUUUGACCAUUCUCUCAAUAUAUCAUGUUUUAUUUAAAUUACAGAAUUUAUUUUUAAAAAUCUUUCUUGAAAUUAGUCAGAGCAACUGAACUUGUAUUUUCUGAGAGAAGGCCGCGGCGCUAUGGUGGCUUCUCAGUUAGCUGAUGAUCUCUGGAUAGGUUAUCAGUAUCUGACCAGCAGGGAUCCGGCACCCUGGACCCCCGCUGGUCUGAAACUGAUCAUCUAUCCAGAGUAUAGGUCAUCAUUAUAAAAGUCUUUAAAAGAAGAAUAGCACAAUGCAGCGCUCUAUUUGGGUGUCCAUCAUAGAUGGAGCACCCUGUUUGUGAUCCCCAUCCUUUUAUGACCCAGAAUGGGGAGCUACUUAAUAAUGACAACAAACCCAAUCCAUCCAUGCAUUACAAGGAUGGCCAUCCAUUUGAUUUGCCGUUAUGUGAUGUUACAUUUCCCUUGCAGCAACCAGAAAGUGUCUGGCCAGAUGUGGCUCCCCCAAACAAUAGGAAUAUUUCUAUGGCGGUUAAUUAUGCAUGCUUUUUUAAGGUCACAUUUUUUUUGGACUCUGAUAUACUUUUUAUAUCAGUGCCAUCUAUGGGGUUUGUCUGUUAAUUCUCAUAUUUGCAAUAUUUCUGUAAUAGUAGGGCUUUGAUAUAUAUUGUGAUCGCCUUUUUACAGCAAGUAUUCGCCCACAUUUAUAUUUGUUGUAAUAUAUGGGUUGCAUUGUGGUUUGGUGUGACCUUUACUGACAACUUUCAUCUCGGAACACUAUCUAGACGACUGAUAGAAGAAAAAUGUAUCACUGUGCACCGUCCUCUCCUAUUUGGAUAUGUGAUGUAUAAAUAGUAUUUGUGGUUAUGGUCCACUUUUGCAAUAAACUGCAAUAAAAAUGUUA